UUGACACGAAAUGUCAGUGGACUUUAUUUAUCAAAAUUGUAUGCCGAAUGUUUUGUGUGUCUUUCGAACGUAAUGAAUAAAAGGAAAACAUUUUAAACGUAGAAAUCAAACAAGCACCAACCACGCAACAGACUACUACCAUGGCUGUACCUUUGAAACGACCAUUCGAACCAACACAAUCGGUUCAGGAGCAACCAACAUUGACACUCCGACCUCACAAACGCAUACGCCUGGCAAUAAAACGAUCAUCGUCCAAUGUAUCAAUUUCGAGCUACAGCAGUCGUCUGGAAACGGCGACGUACAGCAACGAAGCGUUGAAGAUUUUAAUUCAAAUCUCCGAUGCCCUGCAGUUCAACGAAGAGGACAACACAGAAUCGAUACGUCAGAUUUGUGAACAUUUCCGCAAAGAGACCGAAUCGUCGGCGGUUCGGGUGAAAGUGCUGUCGUUGCUCGGCGAAUUUUGCUUGGAGUCAUGCGUCACAGAGUGUGCUCCAAUAUGCGAAGACAUAAUGAUGUUGUUGCGACCGGAGAAGUCACCGAAGGUCAUUUCGCAGGGCUUGCUGACUUUAUUCAAAAUUGGGAACCAUCAGCCGCUACCGACACAAACGCUUACAAAAACGUUGAGCCUGGCCAAAGGACAUCUAACUUCAUCCAGCCACAACGUUCAACGGCAUGCAUUGCUUUUGUUGGGCGCAUUCUCUCUGGCAAAUCAAGAGAAAGAAACCCUGGACCUGAUCAGUAAAUACACCGACUCACAAGACUCGCGGGUACGCGCUCAAGCGUUCCGUUCAAUUCUGAUGAUGGGACGACGCAAUGUCAUUCUUACACCUUCAUUGUAUCCCAGAGCAAUCGGGUCACUGCAAGACGACUACGAGUGUGUUCGACGUGAAGCUCUUCAAUUGGUCUACGAACUGGGCAUCAGGCAUCCGAAUCAUCUAAUCGCUGUGAACGAUUCCGAUUCCGAACUUCGGUUAAUCGACGCAGCGUUCGGUAAUGUGUGCUCGGCCAUUUGCGAUCUAUCAAUGCGUGUUCGAACGGAAGCAGCCGAACUGCUCGGCGGUAUGACACAAGUCGGAAGCGAAUUUCUCCAUCAGACGCUGGACAAGAAAUUGAUGAGCAACCUGCGACGGAAGAAAAGCUUCCACGAACGAUCCACCGAGCUGUUUCAGAGUGGCGAAUGGUCGUCGGGGAAAAAAUGGGCUGACGAUGCGCCCAAAGAACAAGUGAAUACGGCAACGGUGUCAUUGAUGGCGUCGGGUGCUUGUGGUGCAUUGGUGCACGGAUUGGAAGACGAAUUCUUGGAGGUGCGAACCGCAUCGGUGGAUUCAAUGUGUCAACUGGCACUGGCGAAUCCACCGUUUGCUGUGACCAGUCUGGACUUCUUGGUCGACAUGUUCAAUGAUGAAAUCGAAAGUGUGCGACUGCGCGCCAUCUACAGUCUGACAAAGAUAUCCAAACACAUCAUCCUGAGGGAGGACCAACUGGAGACUAUGCUCAGUUCAUUGGAGGAUUAUGCGGUCGAGGUUCGUGAAGGAUUGCAUUUGAUGUUAGGUGCGUGCAAGGUAUCGACUCAAGCGUGUCUGUUGAUGGUCGUUCAGAAGGUGCUGGAUGUACUGUCGAAAUAUCCUCAGGACAAAAUGUCUGCGUUCGGUUGCUUGCAGAGAGUUGGCCAGAAACACGCCGAACUGUGCUUAUCACUGGUACCUCAGCUUCUGCAAAACCAUCCGUUCUUGGACAGUGCCGAAAAGGAUGUCGAAGAUCCAGCGUACGUCUGCAUACUGAUAAUGCUGUUCAAUGCGGCACCACUCAUGCCACCAAUGUUAAGCCUACUGCCCGAAACAACCAUCAAACAUUACGCGUAUCUUCGCGACACGAUGCCAAAUCUUGUGCCACAUCUACCAGUCGGUGGCACGUCUCAAAUCGACAUAUCUGGCCAGACGGGAUCGCGUCAGUUUCUGGAAACUCUUCUUGCCAACAUACAAGCGGCAUAUAAGGCUCCCCGUGCACGUCAAGCACUGCUCACAGCUGCUCAGGACAAUUUGGACCGACUUGCUACCAUCGAUCCGGAGUUGACUGGAACAGCAAAUUACACGGCCACAUUUCUGGGCGCUCAACUGUUGAUCGAACAAUUGCAAGCCAAUUUGGUAGCGCCCAACAGUCGAUCACCAUCGAAGGAGUGCCUUAAUCAACUGAUGAAAAAGUGCUUGAAGUUGCAAAAUCUGUUCUCCGGCCUGACGCCCAACGAUCUGCUUAUGGUCAAGCAAAUAUGUCUGCGAGCCAGUGCAUUGCAUUUGGUGUUGGUGGUGAAAGACCGUAGUCAAAGUGCCCUUGGACCGUGCCAACUGUUGUUGCACAUUUCGGCUGAUGCGAAUCAUUUCCUGCAGGAAAAUCCAAACAUGACACCGGAUCCAUUUACCGUGUCCAUUCUGAUCCAAAUAGCUAAUUUGAAUGAUCCAAAACCGGGACGAGUAUUCCGUGAGAUAUUACCACUCGUUCAAAGUGCACCGCCAGUCAUGUCACCCGAAAUCAAUGUUAAUAUCAAAAUUUGUACGGCCCGCAUUUCGGAACCGUUGCCCAGCGCAUCGGAAAGCAUUGUCAAAGUAACAGCCGGUCUGAUAGCCGCUAUGCCAUUCGUUGCCGAAAUCCAUAAUCUUCGUGAGGGUCAACGACAGGACUUGCGAUUGAGAAUUAAAUACCCCGACCAGAACGUGCACUUUGUGGUGCCACGGAUGCGAGACCUGAAACAAAUUAUGACCGAGAAUGGAGUUGCGGAAAAUGAUUGGCGUCUCCGAACAACGGUUCUUCUAUCGCAUGGAGUCUGGACAGAGGCUACACAAGUGGACAUUUCGCUUUGUUUAUUCGUUCGGCCAGGACACGAGCUGGAGCUGUGCAAACCGGUGAAAGUGUUGUUCGCUCCGAAGCCGGUAAAGCGAGGCAUUUGAACGUUUGGCGGGAUUGAUUAGUACGACAACCAUCGUUCGUCUGGUGAAUUUUAGUAUAAAUCUGUUGAAAUAAAAUCAAGAAAACG